AUGGACCCAAACGAGCACGUGACUGCAUACACGUGCGCUAUUAACGGCAAUGAUCUCACCGAGGACGAGAGGGAGUCGGUGCUGCUUAAGAAGUUCGGGGAAACCCUGUCCAAGGGAGCAAUGAUAUGGUACGGCAACUUGCCCGAACAUUCGAUUGACUCAUUUUCCAUGCUUGCGGAUGCUUUCGUCAAAACUCAUGUCGGAGCCAUUAAGGUCGAAACCCAGAAAUCAAAUUUGUUCAACGUUAAGCAGCGAGAUGAUAAAACCCUCCGCGAGUUUAUAGCCCGAUUUCAAAUGGAGCGUAUGGACUUACCUCCGGUCACUGAUGAUUGGGCUGUUGAGGCUUUUACUCAGGGGCUCAACUCAAGAAGCUCGGUAACAUCUAUGGAGCUAAAGCAAAAUUUGGUAGAGUACCCGACAAUCGCUUGGGCUGAUGUACACAACAGGUAUCAAUCGAAGAUCAGGGUCGAAGAUGAUAAGAUUUUGAGAGCCUCCUCGGUAUCAUGGCGCCCUAGUAAAGGGAAUGAUCGAUCGAGGAGAAUAACAGAUCGAGAGUCGAGACCGUCAUAUGACAGGUAUCAACCUUAUCCACCUGAUCAAAGGGGUAAGGGGAACAACAUCGAACCAAGCAAAAAUGAUAGGAGGAGCGAUCGAGGCCCAAAUAAUCGUGGACUGAUGAACAGAAAUGUUGCCGAUAGAUCCUCGGGGAACAAAAAGGUCCCAAGAUUGUCCGAAUGUAAUUUCUGCGUCGAUGUAGCAACCAUAGCUGCGGCCGUUAGCCGCAACUAG